AUGUUAUCGUCUGAUGUUCCUGUUGCAUCCUCAGUGAAAUCUGUUGUAUCCGGUUCUCGGUUUGUUCCAACAGAAAGGACACAGUCAGCAGAAAAAAAUGGUGAGAACUCGUGGUGCUUCCUCCAAGAAGACUCCUGUUUCUCAAUCCCGAAAGGUGCCCUCUCCUUCGCCUCCUCCGUCUGUGUCAACGGCGCCUCCUUUGUUCCCACAGCUCCCUCAUCUGUUGGAAAGUCCUGCAAAUCCAAGGCUCGCAAAAAGGUGUUUUCGCUCUCUCAUGAACACCCUUUGGUGUUUCCAGAUAUUUCUGCUGACUUUGUUGCACCACCAUCUGAAGUGGUGGUGCCCUCUCGAGCUAAGGACCACUCUCCCCUUCCAUUUGAUUCGUCUUUGGAGGCUAGGGCAAAAUCGAAAUCUGUUUUCUCCUCUUCCAAAGCUGCUGCUGCUGGAUUGCUCAAAUUGCCUUUGAAGCCGAGUCAGUCCAAGAAAAAUUCUGUGACUCCAAAAAGGAAAUUGGGGUUGGACGCGUCUCUUUCUCCUUUGUCUGCGGCCAAGAAAAAAUUGAAGGCUCAUCCCCCUUCAUUGUCCUCCUCCGAAUCUGAUCCUGAGGAAGAUAAGUCCGAAUCUGAAGCAACUCAUGAUACCACAUUGUCUGAUGAAACGGUUCCUGACAUUGCCGAAUCAGAGGCUGAGUCUGAUGAGCCAGAAAAAGAAGACACUAUCCCCUCUGAACAAGAAGCCGAAUCUGACUCAGACCUCAUUGCAUCUCCUUUGCCAUCCAAAUCUAAAGGGAAGAAACCUAUUUCUGGUUCUACACCUUCACCAAAACAGUCAGGUGUAAAUUUCAAACCUUAUUCUUCCAUUUUUUGCUAUAAUGAUAAUGCAUGUGAUAUGGUUCUGUAUGCUCAACGAAAAUUUAUCAUUGAAAGAAAUUAUGUCUUGAGUGAUCAUCGUCCUUUUGGUGUGCUAACAAUGCUUCAAGAUCGACAAUGGACAGGUUCUUUGGUUAAAUUUUCUGGUUUUGUGGAUAGAAUAAUCAAGGAAUUCUAUGCCAAUAUUACUAAUGAAAUUAUUGAACCUUCAUCUCCUCUGUAUAAUAAAGUGUUUGUUAGGGGCCAUUGGUUCUCUUUUUCUCCUCAAGACAUUGCUCUUGCUUUGUGCCUUCCCCUUACUGUCGAGGAUGAUGUUGAUGGUGCUUCUCUUGACAAGGACAUGGUUAUCACUGAGUUGGUCGGACAAAAAAUGGUAUGGCCAUCUAACACAGUCAUCUCCGUCUCCAAUCUCACCUACACUUAUGCUGUUCUCCAUAAGUUUGCAACAACAAAUUGGAAGCCCACAUCUCACACGGCCACUAUCUCUUUUGAUAUGGCAUAUUUUUUGUACAAAGUGGGGACCGGUCUUGGUUUAAAUUUGGCUUCGGUUAUUCAUGAUCAAAUCAUUGGGUUUCGCAAAGGUAACAGUAAAAACUUGAAUCUUCCUUUUCCUCAAGUUAUUUAUAAAGUGUUGAGUAUGCAGAAACAAGACCUCCAACGUGAUCAAGAAGACUUGGUGGCCCCAACUACUGCUGCUUCCUACAAAGCCUCUGCCCCUCCUACUGAAGCCAAUGCUGCUCCGUCCUCCAAGAAAGUCAAGCCCCAAUCUCUGAAGAUUGCCUCGGAUGACAUUCCUCAUGCCUCCUCCUCUGUUGCCACAGAUUCAGGACUUGUUGCAACAGAAAUAGCUGCUGUCCGAGCCUCUGUUGACUCUUUGACUGCUCGCGUAAUGUCAAUUGAAGGACUACAACGUUCUGUGUUGGAGGCUGUUCGAUCUCUGUCUAAAGAUCCAGUUGUUUAG